UUGGUCUCAGGUUUCUUCCAGUGCACCAACAAGCUAUUUCUGAAUGAUCAGACCACCGGACUUCAGAUCAAAGAGUUUGCCCGUAAAAACGCAGCCAAUGCUCUGUCGAUGGCCAACAUGGUCAUGGGCAUGGCCUCCAUUCUGAGCAGUCUGAGCGGGCACCAUCACGCUGCAUGUUGGCUGGUUCUGAUUGGCUACCUGCUAGAUUUGGCAGACGGAGCAGUUGCCAGGCGACUCAAUGCCUGCUCUGCCCUGGGUGCCAAACUAGACGAUUUCGCCGAUUUCACCACCUUUGGGAUCGCCACCUCGCUGCUGCUGAGAACGUCCGACCUGGUGGACAACGUCCUGUGCAUGUGCUACGUCCUCUCCGUCUUCGUCCGUCUGUGCUUCUUCUCCAGCGGUAUCCCGUUCAUGUACCGCGGCCUGCCCUGCAUCUACUCCUCGGCCAUCCUGGCCAGCGCCUCCCUGCUGUCGGGGGGGAACAUGGCCAUGCUGCGGGUCAUCGCCGUGGCCAUGAUCCUCUUCAUGAUCAGUCAGAACUUCUACCCCCACGACAGAGUGCUGGAGUCCCAAGCCUGGAAGAAAGUAGUGUAUGCUGGAGGAAUCGCCAUGGUGUUCUGCUCCUCCUUUCCCCCUGCAUGCGUGUACUAUCUGCUGUGGUCUGUCUCCUACAUUUUGUUCCCGACGUCCCUUUGGAGCAGUAAGGUGUAA